AUGCGCCCGCUUACCGACGAUGAGAUGACAACGGUAUUUGAAAAGAUCAGCAAAUACAUUGGCCGUAAUGUUCAGCAUUUGGUAACACGUCCGGAUGAGAAAUACUGCUUCCGACUGCAUGGUAAUAUUGUGUAUUACUGCAGCGAGAAGCUCAUGCGCCAGUCCACCAAUCUCGGCACGGAUGAGCUUCUAAGCAUUGGAACUGCUGUUGGAAAGCUUACGAAAUCCAAGAAAUUUCAUUUGCGAAUUACCUUUCUCGAUUAUCUUGCUCAGUACGCCAAGUACAAGGUUUGGAUCAAGCCCAACUCGGAGAUGUCCUUCUUGUAUGGCAACAAUGUCGUCAAGUCCGGUCUCGGUCGCAUCACGGAGGGCACACCGCAGUACGCUGGGGUUGUUGUCUUUAGUAUGAAUGACAUCCCGCUAGGAUUUGGUGUAGCGGCGCAAGCGACCGAGUUGUGCAAAGACCUGGAGCCCACGGCCUAUGUGGUACUGCACCAAGCGGAUAUUGGCGAGUACCUUCGCGUUGAAGACGAGAUGUUUUAA